AUAAAAGGCAACUGGAGAGCAUUGGUCCCACCAGUUGGAGAUACUCUGAACGGCGCUGUGUUUGGGCUUACAGAUGAUAAGUGAAAACAUGGCUCCGCUGCGAAGCCCUACUGUGCUGUUGUUUUUGGCAUUCUUGGUAUCAGAGGCAUUUGCAGAUAGGAUCAUAGGGGGUCAGGAGGUCAAGCCGUACUCUGUCAAAUAUCAGGUAUCCCUGCAGUACAAGUUUGGUGGGAGACACUACUGUGGAGGAACCUUAGUGCACCGUCAGUGGGUGGUGUCUGCUGCCCACUGCUGGAAACCGCAGAGUCGGAUGAGGGUGGUGUUAAGUGAACACAGCCUGGCGAAGAAUGAAGGAUUUGAACAGGAAUUUAAUGUCUCAAAGAUAUUUUAUCACCGCCAAUUUAACUACAAAACAUUCAACAACGACAUCAUGCUUAUCAAGCUGAGUAGGCCGGCACAGCUGAACGCCCAUGUCCAGCCAGCUGUUCUGCCGGAUGAGAACGGUUCCCCUCAGCGUGGAGAUGUCUGCACAGUGAGCGGCUGGGGUGUGACACAGAUUUACAGUUACUCCCUCUCUCCUGUGCUGCGUUCUGUGGAUGUGAGAAUAACACCUUACUGCAAUUAUUACUACUGGGGGAGGAUCACUCCAAACAUGCUGUGUGCUGGCUCUCGAUACGGUGGAAAAGAUUCCUGCCAGGGUGACUCUGGUGGUCCUCUCAUCUGCAGUGGCAAGUUCGAAGGCAUUGUCUCUUGGGGUAUCAGCUGCGCAAACCCAUACUUCCCUGGAGUCUACACCAAAGUGAGGAAGUACGUCAGUUGGAUCAACUGGAUUAUCGACCAUAAUACAGCAUGAAGAGUGGCCACGAUUCUUGAUGAGCAGCCUGCAGAGGCAGGCUUCUAGAUGUAUUCAUUUUGAAAAGGAAUAGACGAUUCACCACAUUAUUUUCAAUGGCCUAUUUCAUUACUAAUGACUUUCUCAGUAUUUUUUAUAGUACUAAUUGUCAAUUUCACACACUGAGUUUAGUUGCAGUUCAUAAUGUUGGGAUAUGCUAAAUAGAGCCAGGGUUAUCAGUCAUUUCUAGAUGUAAGGUUUCCUGGAAAUGUGUUAACAUGCACAAUUCAUUGAUUUUCAUUUGUUCAUUGUUCUGAUAGAGAAAUAAAACACAGAAAUAAACAUUGUUAUUAUCAUUA